AAUUGCAUCGUAUUUAAUAAUGUUUGGGAAGUAUUCUGAAUACCAGUAUCAGUCUCUUCACCAGAAGGAAAGGCCUGGUCUUUAUGUGUCGUCGGAAAACUCUACACGAAACCAAUAUGAGCCAAGUGGCCACUCUUUUGACUAUGUUCCCAAAGUCGCAGACAACGACUUCACAGACAGAUCUCAAGGAUGGCUGUCGUGGAUUUGUAACAUGAUUGUCGUAUUUCUGGUCUCUGUUUGUACCCUCCUAACCUUCCCAAUAUCUGGAUGGUUUGUACUGAAAACAGUCCCAAACUACGAGAGGAUCGUCGUGUUUCGUCUCGGGCGGGUACGACCUCCUAAAGGUCCGGGUGUGGUUCUGAUUCUUCCUUUCAUUGAUCAGUGGCAGAAAGUGGAUCUUCGCACCAGGGCUUUCAACAUCCCACCUUGCAAGGUAAAUACUAAAGACGGCGGUCUGGUGUCGGUUGGGGCAGAUAUUCAGUUCCGUAUCUGGAGUCCAGUGAUGUCUGUGGUAGCCGUACAGGAUCUGAACGCUUCGACUCGGCUGACAGCGCAGAACAUCAUGACCCGUAAUCUGAGCAAGAAGACACUCAGAGAGAUCCAGACUGAGAGGCUGAGACUGGGAGAGUACGUUGGGAUGGAGAUUAAUGACAUGACCAAACCUUGGGGGCUGGAGGUGGACCGUGUAGAGUUGACCCUGGAGGGUGUGCUGCGGGGCCCUGAUGAGUCUCCCUCUGGUCCCCUCAUUGUGCCACCGUCGGUCCCUGGGCUUGAGGGCAUCGCUGGGCCGAUUCAGCAGCUUGCCAUGCACUUCCUCAGUAAAUCCGCCGCCCCUGAACCUCUGAAUAAAGACACAGUGAACUUCACAGAUGAGGUGAACUCAGAGCCAGUGACAGGAGAGAGUGGGGAGGGCUGUAAAAGUGUGGAGGAACUGCUGUCCAGGGUCAGACUCGUCCUGUCGGAGAGCCUGGUCAGUCAGGUGGGAGCUUGUUUCCAGUUCCACGUCAGCACCGGCGGCGGACAGAACAGCGCUUACUAUGUGGACCUCAGCCAAGGGGGCGGAGCAUGUGGGGCGGGGAUGCUACGCCGGGAUCCAGACGUCACGCUGAGUAUGAGUGAGGAGGACUUGCAGGCCAUGUUCCAGGGGAGCCUGCGUCCGUUUGCCGCCUACAGCAGUGGGAGGUUGAGAGUCCAGGGAGAUCUCAGCAUCGCUAUGAAACUAGAGCACCUUGUCAAACUCCUCAAACCCCAAUGAUGCCUGCUUCCAAAGCCACAGAAAUGCUUUACUUGAAAUUGUCAGUGGACAAAAUCAGCAUAGUCUGUUGUAAACAUGCACAUGUAAACUCAUAUGACUGUUGAAGGUAGUUUUUAACUGAAGGUAGUGGUUGUUUUUACAGAAGCUGGUCGUUUAGUCAUUUCAUUAGAAUUAUGAGGAAAAUACAGUUUGCCUGAGCACUCAGUUGGCUCUAAUUAACAACUGAUUUGUAACGGUAUGUUCACGAAAAAUGCGGUUAUUUGAAAUAUUAAUUCAGUUUCAAUUCCUAUUCAACUAUUAUUUCAUAGUUUACAACACUGAUACCCCAUACAAUACAAUGACUGGGGCACU